GUCAUGUCAGGUGCAGCAAUGUAAUUCUGUAAAAGAAUAAGGUCUUUUUCUUUUUGUAAAAAGCUUAUAUCAUCGGAAGCAAAUUUAUCUUCCAGGUGGUUGGGUGAUCUCAUGUUUCAACAACAGCUUGCAUUUUCACCUGAGCAAGAACACGAAUCUGGAGAGUGUAAUUAUCAUCCAUCAUGGAUAUGCAGCUUUUUUGAUAACCAGUACAUGCCAAGCUAAGUUUAUUCUAUAAUCAGCAAUAUGAUGGUACUGCAUAAUAUGAAUCGGCUAAAGUUUGCUAUUCACAAGAGCUGACAGUCAAGUUUGGAAACAACAGUGCUAAGACAAUUUCAGAGUAUUACUUUGGGCUACUAGCUUUCAGUUGGUUGUGAAUAAUCAAGGAAGUGGCAACCCUCAAUAUGCAUACAUCAAAGAACCACAGAAUUCCAAAUUGCUCUCAUAAGUCCUUUGAGCAGUCAGUGGAGGAGCCAGAGUCCUAUUAUUGGCCUCCCAUCCAGAAUCUAGAACACCGCACAAGCUCUGAUGAAGUUAGCCAAGGAAUCCAUCUGUCAGCUCAUGCUUUUGGGCAGUACUGCACCCUUGAAUCAUCCUCUAAAACCAAUUGUAACCCUGUUCAUAAUACUUCGUCUUCUGUAAGUUUUUCUUCUGAUGGCAGCCCAGAAUCACAGCAAGAUGCGCAGUCAUACCCUUUGGACAAGCAUUACUAUCCUGAUAAUGCUUGUGCCUCUCCACCCAGUCAGUCAUGCUUAACAGAUGAUAUAGAUGACCUGAGGCACAAGAUAAGGGAAUUGGAAACAGCUAUGCUGGGAACUGAUUCUGAAAUCCUUGACACAUUCACUGUGACAAACGAGGUUGGGUCUUAUGCACAAUCAUUACAAGCAGAGAGCUGGAGACAAAUAGCAGAGAUGAUCACUAGAGGCGACUUGAAAGGGGUGCUUUGUGCGUGUGUGAAAGCACUAGCUGACAAUGAUAUGGUGACAACAGAAUGGUUGAUAACCGAGUUACGUCAGAUGGUAUCAGUUUCUGGAGAGCCACUCCAACGUUUAGGAGCUUACAUAUUGGAAGGGCUAGUUGCAAGGUUGGCCUCUUCAGGGAGUUCUAUCUAUAAAGCCCUAAGAUGCAAAGAGCCUGCUGGUGCUGAACUCCUCUCAUACAUGCACUUACUCUACGAAGUCUGCCCAUACUUCAAAUUUGGGUAUAUGUCAGCAAAUGGUGCAAUAGCUGAAGCCGUGAAGGAUGAAAGUAUGGUUCAUAUAAUUGAUUUUCAGAUUGCUCAGGGCACCCAGUGGAUCAUUUUGAUACAUGCUCUUGCAACUCGACCUGGGGGUCCCCCACGGAUUAGGAUCACAGGCAUUGAUGAUUCCACAUCAGCUUAUGCACGAGGAGGGGGGCUUGAUGUUGUGGGCCAGAGAUUAUCAAGUAUUGCAAAGUCAUGUAAGGUACCAUUUGAGUUCCAUGGUGUUGGAAUUUCUGGUUCAGAGGUUCAACUCGAGGAUCUUCGAAUCCAACCCGGUGAGGCACUGGCAGUGAAUUUUGCUUUGAUGCUGCACCACAUGCCAGAUGAAAGUGUAAGUAGUCAAAACCAUCGGGACAGGCUGUUGAGGCUGGUUAAAAGCUUGUCACCAAAAGUGGUGACCCUUGUUGAGCAAGAAUGUAAUACCAAUACAGCCCCUUUCUUUCCUCGUGUUCUUGAGACACUGAACUAUUACAUGGCUGUUUUUGAAUCAAUUGAUGUAGCCAUGCCGAGGGAUAAAAGGGAGCGAAUCAGUGUUGAACAACACUGUCUGGCACGCGAAAUUGUCAACAUAAUAGCUUGUGAGGGAGCUGAAAGAGUAGAACGUCAUGAGCCUCUCGGAAAAUGGAGAUCACGGUUUAUGAUGGCUGGGUAUACACCUUAUCCGUUAAGCUCCAUAGUAAAUGCUACUAUAAAAGCACUACUGAAAAAUUACAGUGAAAACUUUACACUUGAGGAGAGGGAUGGAGCUCUAUACCUUGGCUGGAUGAAUAAGGCUCUGGUUACCUCUUGUGCUUGGAGGUGAAAGCUGAUAGAAAUACACAAAUAUACAUAGUUCUCAGGUGGUUCCUUGAGGUAGAACCUCAUCCUAUAAAAUGUCUUCCAGUAUUAUUUUUAGUUUUUCUUUUCCUCCUUUUCUGGCAGAGAUUACUUUUAAUAGUGUAAUAACAUUACAAAGUUGUUUUCUUUUCACCUAGUGACAAUUAGCCUUUUUCCAUA